AUGGACCCCCAUCGUCGUGUUCCCAUUCGCUGGCUGGCCCCGGAGACGCUGCGCAACGCCAUCUACACGCAGAAGACGGACGUGUUCGCCUACGGGAUCAUGUGCUGGGAGAUUCUGAACAACGGCGUCGAGCCGUACCCCGGGAUGACGGUGGCCGAGGUGAACGUCAAGGUGAAGGAGGGAUACCGGAUGGAUCUGCCACCGGAUAUGCCGCCCGACGUCAAGCAGAUUAUCGAAGUGAAGUGCUGGUCCGACAACCCAAAUGACCGCUUCACCAUGAAGGACAUCUCCAAGGCCCUCGAGCGUAUCCUGAAAGUGGACCGGAAGAAGAUGGAGGAGCUGACGACGAAAAAGGGAAACAGCGGCGAGAAUCGGACGCGGAUCACACGCCAC